AUGUCGGAAUCGUUGAAUCAGUUGGCGAAAUCUGGUGCUUUUCUCAUCCUUCAUGAAAACUUAGAACGCUGGGCAUCUUCUUAUCAGACGAAUACCUGUGACGAAAAUGUGGCUAUGGGUUGUGAAAUUAUUGAGCUGAAUGCCAGGAUCCAAAACCAGCUUUUUCGGCUUAUAAGCAUUUGUGCUUCAGAAGGUGGUCCAUAUGGGGGUGCAAAUGCAAUCAAACUUCGACUUUUACCACUUCUUGGAUCAGGUAGUGUAUUUUCCGGUUUCGCUGUUGGAAAACAAACAUCAAAUUCUAAUUUGUUUCCAUCUAAAACCUACGAACCGGAUAUUUCAAAAUAUCCUAGACAAGACAAAUAUGAAGUUGAUCUGAUUGAAACACGUAAAGAAAACAAUCGGCUAAGAGAGCAAAUACUUUCAUUGGAAGGGGAAAAUGAACGUCUCAAAACUCAUAUAUAUUGUCCUAACAAAAACGAGUAUGAUUUUACUAAAGAUAAUUCUGGAUCGCUGAAAAAUCUUCCAACUUCAUCAAAAAUGUAUGAAGAAAAAGAUGUUGGACCACUGUCUUUAUCAGCCCCCUCAGAUUUAACACCAUCUAUGCUAACUGGUGUUAGUCCGCUAAGUCCAAAUGAUCCGAUCCAACGAUACAGGCAGCACAUUUUGGUAAUGCGUUUUAAUGAAUUAUUUUCAUUGCAUCGAGUUGAAGCAAUGGGUAUUUUAAGGCGUUACAUAGACGAUUAUGAAGCAAGCCAAAAAAUUAUUUUCUAUACAGUUUUGGACUCAUUUCAUGUAGCCAAAUCACAUUUUCGAGCAUAUAAAAAUCGUGUACGUAAACAGAUUGCAGCGAAUAAUUUAAUCACAACAGAAACAUUAGAUGAAUUGGUACAGUCGUACAUUAACAUUCAUGCUAGUCAUUCAGCUGAUAUUUCAUUACUUGUUAAAGAUGCAUGUUUAGCUUUGGAACGCCGUGUACCACGUAUUCGCCGACCAUCACAGAAUCUUGGUUUCGAAGUUAUUAAAGAUUUUCUUUAUGAAACAUGUAAACUUGCCUGGGAAUGUGCUGCUUUGAGUCAUCCGCUCGAAAUUUGUAGACCAGCUUGUGAAAAUGAAUUGAUCGACGAGGCAAAAUAUAGGCGUAGUCAUGAUUCAUCUUAUCCAACAUUAUUAAUUCAUCACCACAUAUGGCCAUGUUUAAUGCAAAAUGAGAGGAUUGUUGCUAAAGGAGAAGUAUGCACCAGGGGAAAUUUUAAUUCAUAUGGUUUUGAAAUUAUGUCUUCGGAUAAUCGAAGAGGGAUAGAUCGAUAUCGUGGUCGCAUAUCUUCACGUUCAUGUUCACCAGUACGACCAUCUACUUCACCUGGUACAAGGAAGCGUCUACAUUUUAAAAGAUCGCGAAAUUUGAGGAUCAGUUAA